AUGCCACAAAAAAAGGAGACCUUUUCUGUGCUGACGCCCAUCCCGGGCGACAUACCACGUCAGCUAGCCAUCGAUAUCCUCCACGCGCACGACGAGGUCAUCACCCUCAACCCUCUCGUCGUCCAUCACCGACCCAUCCCUGCGCCGCGUACAGCCACUGCCGACGAGUACUACAACACUUGGUACGAGAUUGAGGAGCGUAUCCAAUAUAUGCCAUGGGUGGGCAAGGUCGGAUCAGGCAAGAUCUCCUUGAUAGGCUGCUUCCAUAAUAUGCCAUGGGGCCUUCAAACACACAUUUACGCACCAAUGAAUAUUGACCUACGCAAUGAAUAUCGUAUCACGGGAAACCAAAUGGGCGAGGAACCGGCCGAGACGCGCGAUACUGUGCUCGAUUCGCUCGGUGCACCCGCCGACGGGCUCUACCUGCGGGAGGAUAUCGAGAUUCAAUGCAGCAUAGCCGUCGUCAGCUUCGUCAAGGCACAGCUCAAGGCUGCGAGCGAGGAGAUGGCGCAGCGUAUUGUCAGGAGGGCAGGUAGGUUGAGACCGGACGCAGGCGUUAAACGCUACCCAAACACGCCUUCUGGAGACUCGGAGCAGCCGGGUAUUCAACACGUCUCGGAAGGAUCAGUAUCUUCUUCGCCAGGCACAGACAAGCAAGCCAGGAUGGCCGUAGCACCAACAGUGGCCCUGCUGGCCCCGUCUGUCGAAUCUCGAAUCAAAGGGCCCCCCAUGGCCGAAUUCCAACAACAACAGGCUGACGCCGCCAUGUCCACAUCCCAAAGAGUCUGGCAUGCUUCCUAUGAAAGCCUUGAGAGGGGGAGUGACACGGCGCAACUUGUCAAGUCUUAUGCCAAGAUCCUGAUGGCUGUUCUCGGAGAUGGCCAGCAUGAUUCCGCCGAACUGAACGAUCCCACCAGGCGGCAGGACUGCAUGAAGGACUUGGUUCGACAAGGACUGGCGAGGGUUACCACUUCCUCGCGGAUCAGGCAGGGAGUGAGUGAUAUUGCCGAGUAUUGCCUCUCGGCCAAGGCAAUGAUUGAUCUGGCCAUCCAAAACAUACCGCAGGCCGCUCUUCCGUGGGCUGGCGUUUGCAUUGGAUUGCAGAUUCUCUUGAACCCCGCAAAAGCGACAGCAUCCAAUCUAUCUGGCAUCACAUAUGUGAUUUCCAGAAUGGAUUGGUAUUGCGCCUUGACCGAGCAUUUGCUGAAAAAGGACAGCAUCAAUAUCAGAGAUGGGAGUAUUACAGAUAGCGCGUGCGAAAACGUCCUACAACAACUAGAGGCCAAGGUUGUCGAUCUGUACAAGUCUCUUCUUCUAUAUCAGAUGAGAAGCGUCUGCUCCUACUACCGAAACCGAGGCUAUAGUCUUCUUCGCGACCUCGUGAAUUUGGAUGACUGGGACGCCGACGUGAAGUCUAUUCAAGCCGCCGAAAAAUCUCUCCGAAUGGAUUCGGAUCAGUACAACAAGCUGCGCGAGAAGGAGGUUCUGGGAGAACUUGCCAAGAGGGCAGAAGGCAUGCAGGACUUGCUAGGCGACAUUCACCAGACCCUCCAAGACUUUGUUGCUCUGCAGAAAACCAUCCGUAGGGAUGACAUGGACGCAGCCUGCCAAAAAGAUCUGCGCGUCGUCGACCCACAGCAUGACAUGGAGAGGAUUGAGAGAAGCAAGGAUGGGCUCAUCGACGGUGCGUACAACUGGAUCUUUCGAACCCGGGAAUACACCGCAUUCACAAACUGGUACGAUGGCAGCCUUGAAUCCUCACCAAGCCGACUGCUAUGGAUCAAGGGACACGUGGGUACGGGCAAGACUAUGCUCAUGAUUGGCAUCAUUCGCGAGCUGUCCUGCCAGCCUGCCAUUCUCGCACCCAGCCUCUCGUACUUUUUCUGUCAAGGCAAGGACACGGCCUUGAAUAACGCAACGGCCGUCCUGCGAUCCUUGUUGUGGCUUCUGAUCCUUCAACAGCCACAUCUCGGCUCACAUUUACGCCAAAGAUACAACGAGUCGGGUGAGAAUCUCUUCAAAGACCAAAAUGCUUUCUACGCUCUAUCAGAAGUGUUUCGUAAUAUGCUCCAAGAUCCCCGUCUCUCACCAGCCCUCUUCGCCGUCGACGGACUUGACGAGUGUGAGGAGGGGCAAAGUGACCUUGUUCAACUCAUUUCAGCCUCCCUGACGCUGUCCGACAAGGUGAAAUGGAUCGUCACUAGUGAUCCGGCGCUCGAGAUCAAGGCUCCGGGCACGGCAUGUUCCGCGGUCGAGCUCGAUGCCGAAAGGCUAGACGCUCCCGUUCACGAAUACAUUACCCGCAAGCUCUCCAAGCUCCGGACGCGAAAGGGGUAUACAGACGCUGUCAUGGCCAAGAUUUCGGACCAGCUCCACGAGCGAGCUGAAGACAGUUUUCUUUGGGUCGCCCUCGUCUUCAAAAUGCUCGACUCGGAAUACGGGUGGAACGCCACCCGUGUCCUUGAAAGGACACCUCCCGGGCUGCCGAACCUGUAUGGGCAAAUGAUGGGCAAGAUGGAGAAGGACACAAUGGACCGGCAGUGUUGCGAGAACGUCCUGGUUGCCGCGUCUCUGGCCCAUCGCCCGCUCUCCCUCCCCGAGCUUGGUGUCGUGGCCGGCGUCGAACCUGGGAUUGACCUGCCGACCAUUGUGGAGGAAUGCGGCUCGUUUCUGAUGACGAGAGAUGACAAGGUCUUCAUCAUCCACCAGUCCGCCAAGGAUUAUGUGUUGGAAUCAUUCAAGGCUGGGCUCCAGUCUGCUGGAGAUGUCCCGGGACAUGCGAGCAUUGCUCAACGCUCAAUUGAAGCCAUGUCCGUGGUGCUUCGUCGGAACAUGUACGACCUCGACUACGGCUUGAAGCCAGACGAUUUGAAACCACCCGAGCCAGACCCGCUGGCCCCAAUAAGGUACUCGUGCACCUUCUGGGUAGACCACAUGUUGAGCGCCUCGGGUCUCGAGUGUAGCAGAGAGUCAGUGUUGGAAUUUCUCAAGGCACAUUUCCUCCACUGGCUUGAAGCGUUGUCACUCAUGGGGAGGCUCCCAGACGGGGUUUUGUCAGUGCGGAGGCUUCUGCACGCUGCACAGGAAUCAGGGUCAUGUUGCGAGCUUGCAGCGUUCUUGGAGGAUGCUGAAAAGUUUAUCAGCAGCUACGGAUCCAUCAUUGAACGAGCCCCGUUGCAGGCGUUUGGCUCUGCGCUCGUGUUUAGUCCCAUGAAGAGUCUGGUCAGACAGGCGCAUUGGCAAGAGAGGCUGCCGUUUAUCCAGACAGUUGCUGGUGUCAGAAACCAUUGGGACGCUCACAGGCAGAUACUUGAAGGACAUGGCUCCGAGGUCAAGGCUGUCGCAUUUUCACCCGAUGAUAACGCAAUCGCCUCGGCUUCCAGCGACAGCACCGUCCGGCUCUGGGAUGCAGCCACGGGAACAUGCCGGCGGUCGCUCUCUGGACACUGUGGCAAUGUCUGUGCCGUCGCCUUUUCACCUGAUAGCAGCAUGGUUGCCUCGGCUUCAAGCGACUGUAGCAUCCGGUUGUGGGUUGCGGCCACCGGGGCAUGCCGGUGUGCACUCGAGGGGCAUAAAUAUUGGGUUAGCAGCGUAACCUUUUCUCCUGAUGGCAAGAUGAUUGCUUCGGCUUCGGGAGAUCAUACAGUUCGGCUCUGGGAUGCGGCCACGGGAGCGCAUCAACAGACGCUAGAAGGGCAUCGUCGCUCAGUUACUGCAGUUGCCUUCUCGCAUGAUGGCAAGUUGGUUGCCUCGGCUUCAGUUGACCGGACAGUCAGGCUCUGGGAUGUGACCACGGGAGCGUACCAACAAACGCUCACAGGGCAUUCCCGCUCCAUCAACGCAGUCACGUUCUCGCCUGAUGAUAGCAUAGUCGCCUCGGCGUCCGGGGACUGUACUGUCCGACUCUGGGAUGCUACCACGGGAGCGCAUAAACAGACGCUCAAGGGACAUGGUAGCUGGAUUAAUGCUGUUAUUUUCUCGCUUGACGGCAUGUUGAUCGCCUCGGCUUCACACGAUUGUACUAUCCGGCUCUGGGAUGCUACUACGGGUGUGUUACGUGAGACACUCGACGGACGUCAUCGAGUGAACGACGUUGCCUUCUCAGCUGAUGGCAAGAUUAUCGCCUCCGCAUCGGCCGACGGGACCGUCCGGCUGUGGGAUGUGGCUUCGCUGGCGUAUAGACAGACACCCACAGGCCAUACUCAUUGCGUCAACGCAAUCGACUUCUCAUAUGACGGUACGAUAGUCGCCUCAGCUUCAGGUGACUGCACCGUUCGGCUCUGGGACGCCUCUACGGGAGAGUGCCGGCAAAUAGUUGAGGGGCAUAAUGGUUCUGUCAAUACAGUUGCCUUCUCUCCAUGUAGCAAAAUGCUUGCAUCAGCUUCUAGCGACCGCCAUGUCCGGCUGUGGAAUGCUACUACGGGGAGUUGCGAGCAGAUACUCCAGGGCCACAUCAGUGAUAUUAAGGCUAUUGCCUUUUCCCCUGAUGGUUCUGUGGCUGCCUCAGCAUCAGAUGAUUGUACUAUUCGUCUGUGGAAUGUAGCUACAGGGGCACACCAGCAAACCCUUGAUGGGUAUAGCGGUGAGGUCAAGGCUAUCGCCUUUUCGCCCGACGGCAAAGUAGUUGCGUUGAGUUUGAGCGAUGGCAUUCCCUGGCUCUGGGACGUGGCCACUGGAGCGCAGUGGCAGCUCAUCCAGGGGGGUGAUUCGGCUCCCAUGGCGCUGUCGCCCGACGGCAAGAUAUCCGCCUCGGCUUCAGACGAUGGCAGUACCAUCCGACUCUGGGACGAGGUCGCAGGAGCGCACCAACAGUUGUUUCUCGGGUUAUUGGAAAAGGAGCGUCCAAAGCAUGCUCCAUGUGUUUGUGGGGAGUGGAUAACUCUCAACGGCAGGAACCUACUUUGGCUUUCCAAGGACUACAGGCCUACAAGUGUAGCUCUGCAUGAUGAUAUGAUAGUUUUGGGCUAUGGUACCGGCGGGCUAACAUUUUUGAAGAUGAAUUUGGAUUUGGACAGUGGAUAG